UUUUGUGAGUGAACAUAAUCUCUUUUGGCAGCUGAUGUUGAUUUAGAGGGCGUUUUUUUUUUUAGAGAGAGAGAGAGAGGGAGAGGUAGAGAGAGGGGGCGGGUGUCUCUCGCUCUCGCCUCGCGCAGCCUCACGCUGACAUGCUCACAGACUCGCGUGAAAUCAACACACGGACGGUUUACUUCCACAUUUAUCGCUUAUUUUCGGGAUUUUCGGGAUAUACAACAGCAUAAUCGAUGCGAGGCCUUCUAACCGAGAUUCAUCGCUGAUAUUACGCCCGCGAUCCUUCUGUUUUUGUCGUUUUUCCCCCUCAGUGGAGCGUUCGAGCGUUCGUUAUGAAUUCCAGCCCGCUUCCUAACGGCAGGCUCCUGCCGGACAGCCAGAGCUGGAACUCCUCCGGUUCCGAGGAGGAUCUGGACGCCGAACCGGGACCCGGACCGCACGGAGGGGUGGUGGAAUUCAGCGGGGUGCUCAGUAAGUGGACUAACUACAUUCACGGAUGGCAGGACCGUUGGGUCGUGCUGAAGAACAACACCUUGAGUUACUACAAAUCCCAAGACGAACGAGAGUACGGCUGUCGUGGUUCCCUUUGCCUCAGCAAGGCUGUCAUCACACCUCACGAGUUUGACGAGUGCCGUCUGGACAUCAGUGUCAAUGAUAGCGUGUGGUAUCUCCGGGCACAGGACCCAGAACAUCGCAACCAGUGGAUCGAUUCCAUCGAGCUGCACAGGGCUGAAUCUGGUUAUGGUUCGGAAUCCAGUUUGAGGAGACAUGGCUCCAUGCUUUCCCUCACAUCUGCCACCAGCGGAUACUCGGCCACCUCCACCUCCUCCUUUAAGAAGGGUCACAGUCUGCGGGAGAAGCUGGCAGAGAUGGAGACGUUUCGGGACAUCCUGUGCAGGCAGGUGGACACGCUGCAGAAAUACUUCGACGGCUGCGCUGAUGCUGUGAACAGAGACGAGCUCCAGAGAGACAAGAUCGUGGAGGAUGAUGAAGAUGGUUUCCCUACCACUCGCCCCGAUGGAGAAUUCCUGCAUAACAACAACGGCAGCAAGGAGAAAUUGUUCCAGUGUUUGAGUCAUAAAGGCAUUAAUGGGAUAGACUUUAAAGGAGAGGCCAUCACGUUCAAGGCGACCACGGCGGGGAUCUUGGCUACACUUUCUCACUGCAUCGACCUGAUGGUGAAGAGAGAGGACAGCUGGCAGAAAAGACUGGAUAAGGAGAUGGAGAAGAGGAGGAGGGUGGAGGAAGCGUAUAAAUCAGCCCUGUCUGAGCUGAAGAAGAAGUCUCAUUUCGGAGGGCCCGAUUACGAGGAGGGUCCAAACAGCCUGAUCAAUGAAGAUGAGUUCUUUGACGCCGUGGAGGCCGCUCUGGACCGACAAGACAAAAUAGAAGAGCAGUCUCAGUGUGAGAAGAGCAGGAUACAGAGGAGCAAUUCAGUGCCUUCAGGAGACGCCUACUCCACUGUGGGCUCUCAUCGAUUCGCUGAGAAGCCCCCCUCUCGUCCUUCCUCUCCCUCAUCUUCUGCUGUCGUCUUCACUCCUUCUCUCUAUGAGCACCGGUUCAGUGCUGAGGUGGAGGAGAUGGUUCAGAAUCACAUGACCUACUCUCUGCAGGAUGUGGGUGGAGAUGCAAACUGGCAGCUUGUGGUGGAAGAGGGAGAGAUGAAGGUGUACCGGAGGGAGGUGGAGGAGAACGGGAUCGUGCUGGACCCUCUGAAGGCCACACACUCUGUCAAAGGGGUCACAGGUCAUGAGGUCUGCCACUACUUCUGGGACACGGAUGUCCGUAACGAUUGGGAGACUACUGUUGAAAACUUCAACAUCGUGGAGACGUUGUCCGAUAACGCCGUCAUCAUCUACCAGACUCAUAAGAGAGUGUGGCCAGCGUCCCAGAGAGACGUCCUUUAUCUGUCUGCCAUCCGUAAGAUCAUGGCCAAUAACGAGAACGAUCCAGACACAUGGCUCGUCUGCAACUUCUCGGUCGACCACGAGAAUGCCCAGCCAAACAACAGAUGCGUUCGUGCUAAAAUCAACAUCGCGAUGAUCUGCCAGACGCUGGUCAGUCCACCAGAGGGUGACAAAGAGAUCAGCAGAGACAACAUCUUGUGCAAAAUCACAUACGUGGCCAACGUGAAUCCUGGCGGAUGGGCUCCUGCGUCUGUCCUAAGGGCCGUGGCGAAGAGAGAAUAUCCCAAAUUCCUCAAGCGCUUCACUUCCUACGUCCAGGAGAAAACUGCUGGAAAGCAAAUCCUCUUCUGAGCACCAGUUCUGCCGUCAGUGUGCCCGAGCGGCUCUGGUUCCCGCACACUCCUCUCGCCACACAGAAGACUCAUCGCGUCCCUCUCCCGACUCUUCUGAACCCCGCUGCCACAGGAAGCCCCGGCAGCGGCUCAUCGGUAGACGCUUGAAGCCGUUCUGUAGCGCCGCACUAGUUCACACAGGCAGAGGACUAGAGAAGCCAAAUGCCAACGUCUGUCCCGUGUUUUCUGCCAGAGAUCUAUAUUGAUAUAAAUAUAUAUGUAUGUAUGUAAGUAAGUGAGAUGGGAAGUUUAUAUAUGACGGAGAGUUUUGAAGCUGAACACACGAGACCGGCUGUUUUAGUCCCGAUUAUUAGUGUUUUUUGUUUAGAACAAACAUUUCAGCUUUGCUUUCAUUGUCCACGUAUAAUCGUCGACGUUCAGUAUCGAAUCAAAGGCAUGUGUGUAAAUGAACUCGAGGGCUUUCGUUGGCCUGCCUUUCGUUUCAGCGUUCGCCGUCUCUUUUAUGAAGCGCAGAAUGUGCCGCUGACGAAGAGGCCAUGUGGACGAUUUUUUUCUUCGGCGACGUAAUCUUUAGUUAUAUCCGCGUCUCAGCGGCUGACGUACCGUAGCACAAUUACAGAUCGAUCGUAACAGGCAAAAAAUUUUAAUACGUCAGGCGAACUUUGUGCACAGAUUAUUUGUAUAUAAUUUCAUUGUUGCUUGAGAUCGUCAGUCGAUGCUUUUACCUGACUAAUCCAACUCCAUAUGCCUUAGUGUGUGAGUGUGUGUGUGUGUGUGUGUGUGUGUGUGUGAGAGGGAGAGAGACUGAGAAGUGUGUGUCCAAACAUUUCUAGAGAAGUGCCUCAUUAUUGAUCUGGUACGUCUUGCUGAUCGUGCCGCCCACGUCCAUUACAUCAAAACCACAGCCACGACCCUUUAGUGUUUCUACAAAGAUCAUUUUAAUAUUGAUUUCGUACUUUGUAUUAUUUAAACGUGAUUUUGCAGUGAUCAGCAAGGACAGAUUGUGUCAUCGGAAAAGUGUCUUCUCAUUGGAGAAGCUCUGAUGGCAGUCAAAUAUUCUAUCCAAUAGGGAGAUGCGGUUUAAAUUUGGGGCGUAGAUCAUACGUAGUUGUAGUUUGGGUAGAAUUAGUUGUUUAUUUAUUUUUUUCUUUAUCAAAUGUAAUUUUCCAAAGUAAAAACUAAAUGUCAAGCAUUCAUAAACAAUCUUACUAGGCACAAACUAGAUUUUUUUCCUCAGUAUUUUUGUCCUGUUUUUCUGUACAAAUAUCUAAACAUUCUUAAAUCAAGACGCAUUUACUUGAGAAGAAAAAUGACUUAAGAAAAUCUAAAUUCACUGACUUUAUACUUAAAACAAGAAAAAAUAUCUGCCAAUGAAGUCUGAAAACAGCAUAAAUUUUGAUAAAAAAAAUUUUGUUUAGAAAAUUUUAAAGUCGUUUUGUGUUUCCAGUAAAUGUAUCUUGAUUUAAGAAUUUUUUGAUAUUUGUAUUGGAAAACAAGACAAAAUUACUGAGUUAUAAAAUCAUUUUUUUGCAGAACGACAAGAACUUUUAAAUUUUUUGCUAAACAUUUUCAUUGUUCAAAUUGUUCCCAUGAUUAUGGAAGCUUGUUUCCGCCAUAAAAUAAAAAAAUAAUUGCGACUUAUCGCACAAUUGUCUUUUUUUUUGCUCAGAAUUGCGAGAUUUAAA